CAGCCCGCAUCUGCCACCGCAGUCCAGCUGUCUUCGUCUGUGCCUCUGUUCUUUAGGUCUGGAGGUUUUCUCUCCGGGACGGAAGCUAGGCCGAGUCCGCAGCACCAGCCAUCGCCUUGCACAAAGCAACCCAACUCCGGGACAGCCGAGGACCGCAGUAUCGCCCGGCAGCAGCAGCGCGGCGACACGCUCCGUGCGCCUUAUGCCCCCGCGCCCCUGCCGUAGCAGCCAGAAAGCCCCGAGAGAACGCACCGCCGCGGGGUCCCGGUGCAGCUAGCGAGCAUAGCCCGCUGCGCGCGGCCGCGGGUGAGCGGAGAGCGGCAAGCAGGGAGCGGGACGGCGGCGAGGCGCUCGCGGGCCCCUCCUGCUGCCCGCGCCCGGUGAGCUCAUGGCGGCCAUCCGCAAGAAGCUAGUGGUGGUGGGCGACGGCGCGUGCGGCAAGACGUGCCUGCUGAUCGUGUUCAGUAAGGACGAGUUCCCCGAGGUGUACGUGCCUACCGUGUUCGAGAACUAUGUGGCGGACAUCGAGGUGGACGGCAAGCAGGUGGAGUUGGCGCUGUGGGACACAGCGGGCCAGGAGGACUACGAUCGUUUACGGCCGCUCUCUUAUCCGGACACAGACGUCAUCCUUAUGUGCUUCUCGGUGGACAGUCCGGACUCUCUGGAGAACAUCCCCGAGAAGUGGGUACCCGAGGUAAAGCACUUCUGCCCCAAUGUGCCAAUCAUCCUGGUGGCCAACAAGAAAGAUCUGCGCAGCGAUGAGCAUGUACGCACGGAGCUGGCCCGAAUGAAGCAAGAGCCAGUGCGCACGGAUGACGGCCGCGCCAUGGCGGUGCGCAUCCAAGCCUAUGACUACCUCGAGUGCUCGGCCAAGACCAAGGAGGGCGUGCGCGAGGUCUUCGAGACGGCCACACGCGCCGCGCUGCAGAAGCGCUACGGCUCCCAGAAUGGUUGCAUCAACUGCUGCAAGGUGCUAUGAGGGCCGCGCCCUGCCUCCCGCCCCUGCCAGCGUGGCUCCCCCUCCUCGGCCCGGUCGCCCACGAGCCGGGAGAAAGGGAGACUCACGCCCUCCAAGGACACCACCAGACUGCCUGGCAUCUGCUGGUGACUCUGGCUGAUCACGCUGAGAAUUAGCGUGGGCACCGAGCUCCCCCUUCCCAGUGUCUGUGUGUGUCCAGCUGUGUAGCACAGGCCUGGGCGCCCUGCUGAGUGCCAAGGGGUUCCUGAGCAUUCUUUCUAAAGAGUCAGGCCUCAAAGUUUGGUUGUGUGUAUGUACGACUCCCUACACCCCCACCCCACUCUUGCCCCACCCUUGCCUCUGGUUUCACCAGGGUCACGCAGAGUGGACGAACCCCAACAGAUGUUCCGCUUGUAACCAGCGAGCCACUACUGUCCCUCCAUGUCUGUAACAUAGACCCCUGGAACCACGGAAGGGAAGGGCUGGGGAAGGUAAUGGGGGGGGGUGUUGCAUAAAUGCAGAUUUUAUUUUCGGAGGCAGAAUGGUGUCGUUUCGUGGUGGUGAGUGGUGUGACCAGGGCGCAAGAGCAACUCCUUUCCCAGGCUGGAUCAGGCGCCCGCCCAUCCGAGCAUGAACUGGACUUGGCCAUCUUUCCACAUCAUGGGAAGACAUUUGCGACUCACUUGGGGUUGUGAGGAAGCGGCUUCCAGACAGUCUCCUGGGCCAACCCCGCAGCGAACCUCCUUUCCAGCCACCUGCAGAGGAUCCAGGGUGUGCUGCGGGGGUCACUUUUGCCAUAAGCGAACUUUGUGCCUGUCCCACAAGUGAACGUUGUUCAGCUCAAGAACCUAUUGUUGUUACUGAAUUUAUUUAAAGGCUGAAGCUUUUUCUUUUUGUUAUUGUUGUUGAUGAAAAGAAUUCUUUGCACAAUUGUUUCAUUGUUUGACACUCAGUGCGCUUGUCAUUUGCAUACGACAGCAUUCUGACCACACUUGUAUGCUGUAACCUCAUCUACUUCUGAUUUUAUUUUUUAAAAAAAACUAUGAUGACUUUAAAAUAAGAUUAAAAAAACACUAAUUUUUGUUUUCUUGAAAAAAGUGUCAACACUGUUUUGUGAAUUUUAUUUGUGUAGCUUAUGCACACUGUUUUGAUAAAGGAAGGCAACAUUUCGGUCUAUUUAAACCUUGCCCUCCCAGGAAGACCGUCUUCAGCUAUGUAAAAUUUUCUCUACAUUCUGUGUGCAGAGCAGAGAAAAGCCUCCCCCUACGCCCGGCCCUUUCCCUCUCCCCUAUCCUGCCCAGUGGUACUUCUACUAAAUUGUUGUCUUGGGAUUUUUUUUGUUUGUUUAUUUUAUUUUUUAAAUAAACUGAUAAAUGACAAAGUGGUGAGCUUACGAUGUUUACAUAAAAGUUCUAUAAGCUGUGUACACAGUUUUUUAUGUAAAAUAUUAAAAGACUAUGAUGACAUUUA